GAACUUUUCAUUAAAUUGAGAGAUUUGGAUGAUCACUUCACUUUAUUUUUGUUGUGAUUAGGAAAUUAGUAUUGUAUACCAAAGGAGAGGUUUUACUUUAAUCGGUAUUAUUUAUCAUUAAUAUAAUAUGGCUGGAGAAGUUGUCGUAGAUGCUCUACCUUACAUUGAUCAAGGUUAUGACGAACCAGGCGUCAGGGAAGCGGCUCUUGCCAUGGUUGAAGAAGAGACAAGACGUUAUCGGCCAACAAAAAACUAUCUGGAGCAUUUACCAGCGCUUAGUCUUAAUGCUUUUGAGACCGAACUUCUUAAAAACGAAUUUGAAAGAAUGCAGCAGCGGCUGCCAAUGGACACACUAAGCAUGAAACGCUACGAGUUGCCACCUCCACCUGCAGGCAAGAUGACAGACAUCGCAGCAUGGAGUGAAUGUGUAGAGAACUCCAUGGCGCAACUGGAGCAUCAAGCUACAAGAAUAUGCAAUUUGGAGUUGAUGACGGAAUAUGGCUGUGAAGCUUGGAGAUCGUAUCUAGAACUGCUAGUCAAAUGUGUUUCAUCAGCACAAAAACAACUUCAAACUCUGAGGAAAGAAAUUCAAGAAAUCAACUGGCAACGAAAAAACAUGCAGAUGCAAGGUGGUGAAAAACUGAAAAAACUUGAAGCCAUGUGGGUCGGUCUUGUGAGUAAAAACUAUGAAAUUGAACAAGCUUGUGUGCAACUAGAAAAAGAAAUAGCAGAAUACAAAAUGUCAAAUUGAAAUUGUCUGUUAUGUUUAACUUAUAUUUCCUUUUAUACGUGUCUAUCCCUUAACAUAUGUUUUUAAUAAAAACUUGUACACUCUAAUUCUA